AUGGAUGGCCGCGACUUCGCGCCGCCGCCGCAUCUGCUGUCGGAGCGCGGGAGCCUGGGCCACCGCAGCGCCGCCGCCGCGCGCCUUGCCCCCGCCGGGCCGGCCGCGCAGCCGCCCGCUCACUUCCAGCCCGGAAAGUACUUCCCGUCGCCGCUGCCCAUGGCUUCGCACACAGCCGGCAGCCGUCUGAUGGGGAACUCCCCGGCCUCCUCUUUCAUGGGCAGCUUUCUCACCGGCAGCCUGGGCUCCGCUGCCCCCGCGCACCCCAGCGGCCCCACCCCAGCCCCCUCGGAGCAGGCCUACCGGGCCUCCCACCCUGCCACCUCCCAGAUCUGGUUCUCCCACUCCCACGAAGCUCCAGGGUACCCCAGAUUUUCGGGGGGUCUGGCAUCCACCUUCCUACCCAUGAGCCACUUGGAUCACCAUGGAAACAGCAACGUUCUCUAUGGGCAACAUCGUUUCUAUGGAACCCAAAAAGAUAACUUCUACCUGCCCCCCCAGCCCACCCUCCUGCCUGCCAACCACAGCUUCCCCGGUGUGGCCCGGGCCGCCCCCGGUCACCCCAUUGGCUCCUGCAGCCGUGACCGGGGCGAGGCUGGCCCCCUACAGAAGGGGGCCAAGGAGUUCGACCGCUUCCUGCUGGGCAGAGAGAAGGCCGGCAAGGCCGCGGAGGGCAAGGAGCGGCCGGCGGCCGAGGAGGACGGCAGCAAGGAGCGGCACAAGCUGGUGCUGCCUGUGCCCGCGGACGGCCAUUGCAAGGAGGGAGGCGUCGCGCCCCGCGGAGCCUGUGAGGGCCGCCCCAAGCACCUCGCCUCCUGCCUCCUCAACACCAAGGUGCUCAACGGCGAGAUGGGCAAGGCCGCACUGGCCAGCUGUGCGGGUGGCAUGCUGGUGCGGCCUGGCGUGGCGGGGGCGGCCCCCGGGCGCUGCGCCAAGGAGGCGGCGGGCCCUGCAGAGCCCGGGCCGGCCUUCAGCGAGUGCCUGGAGAGGCGACAGAUGCUGCACCACGCCGUGGCCUACACGGUGCCGUCCGGUCUGCCCGCUGGGCCGCCCCCGCCCCUCAGCACAGCCGCUGGCUCCUUCCCUUGCCUGCAGCUGCACGCGGGCCCUGACGGGCUCUGCCCGCUGCAGGACAAAGUCCCCCGAGACCUGAAGGCCAGCGCGCCCACCUUCGUGCCUUCCGUGGGACACCUGGCUGAGAAGAGCCGCCCCUUCCAGGCCGCCGAGGCCUGUGCUGUGGCAGGUGAGGGCAAAGAUAGGCACCUCGAUGGCGCCUUGGGCCCUGAGCACGCUGUGCCCUACGGGGUCUCCUACACCCAGCUGAAGGCCGAAGGCAAGGGCGAACGGCGGCCUGGGGGCUUCGAGGCUGCGCCCAACCCCCGGCUCAAGGGCCUGGAGUAUUUCAACAGCACAGGCCCCGAGACGCCUUUCCCCACGAUCCCCAAACGUGGUCUGGACAAGAGUGGCUACUUCGAGCUGCCCGCCCACUCGCAGGACUGUGCCCGGCCAGGUCACCCAGACCCGCUGGGGGGGAAGGUCCCCCAGGCCUGCUGCACUUUAGAAAAGACCUCCGCAGGCCCCCCUGGGGCCCAGAAGGUGGCCCGGAUCCGGCAUCAGCAGCACCUGGUGACCCCCGAGGGGGAGCCGGGGGGCGUCAGCGGGGCUGAAGCCAAGCGCAAGUCCCUGGCACUGUCCUCUCUGGGCUACGGCGGGCCCCACCUGCCCCCGUGGAGCAUCCAGUCGGGCCAGGGCGCCGCCAUGGCCGUGGGCGAGGAGCGUAAGGGCGGUGCCUACCUGGACCCCUUCAGUGGCGGCCUCCAGCAGGCCGGCCUCCUGCCCCAGGACCUGUCCGCGCCACCCGACGAGGUCUCGGCCAUGCAGAGCCUGCUCAAGUACAGCAGCCAAGCGUUGGUCGCCGGCCGGAAGGCGCCCUUCGUGGGCCUGGGCAGUCUGAAGGCCAGCUGUGCCCAGCAGGAGAUGAAGUUCCCAGCCCCCAAAGGCCCCGCCCAGGCCCCCAGCGAGGCCGACAGGCCCGACUGUGCCCGGAGCCGGGAGCAUGACACCGCGCACAGCGACGCAGAAGUGAGGCAGCCGCCCGUGGGCAUCGCGGUGGCCCUGUCCCGGCAGAAGGACACGGUGAGCCGGCCGGAGACGGCCUACGGCGCCAACACCGGGCGGCAGGGCCGGGCAGCCCCUGCCUUCAAAGCAGGCGGCCCGCCCCGCCCCACCCCCGCGCUGGACCUGGAGGCCGAGGAGGAAAGGGCCCGGCUGCCCGAGGACCGCCUGGGACUCGCCGGCCGGGAGCUGCUGCUUCCAGACAACAAGGACCGCCUAGAGUUCUCCCGGAUCCACCCGUCGGGCGGCUGCCCCGGGGACCUGGCCCCUCACCUCAUGAUCACCGGUGGAUCCUCCCUGCAGACCGGCCAGCUGGGUGGGGACCCGGCCUCCCACCCACACCCCGCCCAUCCCCCCUGGCUGCCCCGCACCCGCAGCCCCUCCCUGUGGAUGGGGGGCCAUUCCUACGGCCUUGGGCACCCUGCCCUACACCAGAACCUGCCCCCAGGCUUCUCCACCUCCGUGCCAGGCUCCAUGCCCUCCGUCUUCCCCCUGUCCCAGGACAGCCCUGCACAGCUCGUCAUCCUGCCCUCGGAGCCCACCCCCCACACCGCCCCCCACGCGCUUGCCGACGUCAUGGAUCAGGCCUCCUUGUGGCCCCCCAUGUACGGGGGCCGGGGUCCCGCCUCGCACGUGCAGCCCCCCAGCCAGCUCCCGGUGUACUCGCGGCCCCAACUCCUGCGGCGGCAAGAGCUCUACGCCUUGCAGCAGCAGCAGCAGCAGCAGCAGCGGACGGCUCCCGUCCAGCGGAAGCCUGAGGACCAUCUCCCGGAGCUGGAGGAGCCCGCCCAGGAGAAGACCCCCAAGUCUGCCCACAAGCCAGUUGCCUUAACCCCCACAGCCAAGGGCACCCCCUCCCCGGCCGCCGUAGGCCCCGCCAAGCUGUCCCCUUGCUGCCACUCGCCCAGCCCGAAGCCCCCCGCCAGCCGCCCCGUGACACCGCCACACCCCAGCGCCCCGUGCACUUUCUCUCUCGGCCCCUCGGGCAGCCCUGGGCCUGGCUCCAAGCUGCCCAGCUCCGAGGUCGCGAGUGGGGAGAGCCGGCGGGCUGGAGCCGACCUUAGCACGCUGGAAGCAGGCCUGCCUCCUCGCUACACCUGCCCCACGGCCAGCUCGGGCUUCACUCUGUCCCCCAGCACGCACUCUCCUGACCUCUCGGACCCCAAAACUAUGCAAACUACAGCCCCCAGGGUCCAGCCUGAGCCAGCGAGGACGUUCCCACCCAGGGAGCUGCCCCCUCAAAGCCCCCAGAGCCCACAGGAGCCGGGGUUGUCCUCAGGGGCCAGGGAGGCCACCCAGGACCUUGCCGCCACCCCCCACCCUGCCGAGCGGGGACCCCUGGGGAAGGCAGCAAACCCCAGCCCACUGGAGGGGCUUCGAGAACUGCGAUGUGGGGCCCUCCUCGAGGAAGGGGGCCCUGAGGCCGUUGCCCAGGCUCAAUCUACUCAGGGAGGGGCAGCAGCAGAGCGGGGUGAGGCGGUGGGGCCCUCGUCGGGGGCCGGCCCCCAGGCCCUACAGCAGCAGAGAAGCCCCGGCGCCCUCGAUGAGGCCCCCCCUGGCAAGCAGCAGGCCCCCAGGAAAGCCAGGUCGGAGGAUGGGGCUGAGGAUCGGGAGGACGACCUGGAGGAGGAAGAGGGCCAGGGCUCCGCUUGCAGGAGCCGCCACCUACCCAGGACGUUCCUGGGCCUGGACGCCCUGGUCGCAGCCACCAUCGACCUGGGGGACCUGCCGGGCAUCGGCCCGCGGGACCCGCAGCUUGCCGCUGCCCCGGGGCCCCCACGCACAGCCCCUGCGCCCUGUGGCUCAGGGACUCCCGGGAUCGUCCUUCUCAGUGAGCUGGCGGAGCUGGAGAUCCAGCAGCGGAGGAGGGAGCCGGCCUUGCAGGAGGAAGAGGACAUGCUGGCGUUUGACCUGCGGCGCCUGGCCACGCUGGCCUCAGCCUGGUCCCUGGUGGAGGCUGCUGGCCUGGACAGCCCACCGUCCUGCGCCCAGCCCCCGGCUCCCGACGCCCGCAGGGCACCCACACUCACCCCCCGCAUGCAGAUCCUGCAACGCAAAGACACCUGGACCCCCAAGACCAAGCCUGUGUGCCCCCUGAAGGCCGCCAUCGAGCGGCUGGACACGCAGGAAGUGGAGAUGCGUGUGCGGCUGGCGGAGCUACAGCGGCGCUACAAGGAGAAGCAGCGAGAGCUGGCGCGCCUGCAGCGCAGGCAUGACCAUGAGAGAGAGGAGAGCUCGCGCAGCCCCGCUCGGCGAGGGCCCGGCCGGCCGAGGAAGCGCAAGUACUCCAGCCUGCUGUCCCCUCUGCGUCCUGGGGGCCAGCUGCCCAGGGGCGACAGCAAGAAAGUCAAAGCGGUGCGGUCCAGCCUGAGCCUGCUGUGUGCUGAGCUGCGGGGCAGCGACGGGCCCCCGAAGAAGCAGAGCCGACUGGAGGCCGGUGUCUACGCGGGCCUGCAGGCACCAUCGGCGGACAAGGUUCGCUGCAAGAGGGGCAGUGGGCAGGGCGAGCUGGCGGCCACCGCAGCCCACAAAGUGACCCAGCUGAAGCCGAAGGUCAGGACCAAGGGGCUUCCUGCCGGCCUCGGCCCCUUCAGGCGGAAGGAGUCUGCCCCCGGGGGACGCAUCCGGAAGAAGCUGUCCCGAGGCAAGACCGCCAAGGUGCCCGGGUCAGCCCGGCACACCCAGCCCGAGGACGGGGGCGCCAGCAGGGAGACACCCAAGUUCCCGGCCCAGGCAUCGGUGGCCACAGCACAGGAGGCAGGCAGUGGCUAUGACAGCGAGAACUGCGAGAGGUUCUUGGGGACAGAGGCACCCCCCAAGGAGCCCGGGCUGACGCUGCAUGCGGGGGCCAGCAUGACCGUGCUGGGGCCCUCCCCCUCUUCUGUGGUCAAGAUGGAGGCCAACCAGAAGGCCAAGAAGAAGAAGGAGAGGCAGGGCUUGCUAGGGGCCUGCCACCUGUCCAGCCCAGACAGCGAGGUCAAGGUCAAGAGGCGCGUGGUGAAGACCGAGGUGGGCGCCAAGCUGGAGCGUGCCCCAGGGCGCAGGCCCCCGGGAGCACCAGGCAGGAAGAAGGCCAAGGGCAAGGCCAAAGGCAGCCUGCGGACAGACGCGGGGACCGCCCCCAGCAGGGACGCCCUCUUCAGCCCUGCCCGGGCCUUCACCUGCCGCGACGAGGGCAGCGAGCUGGCCAGCGAGCGUCUCAAAAGAGCCACACGCAAGAGCACGAUUCUCCAGCCAGGGCUGAGGCGGAAGAACGGGGCCCUGUCCAUCGCGCUAUCGCCUCGGAACGCCAAGGCCAUCCUGGGGAAAGGCAGGAAGGUAGGCACGGUGGAAAGCGAGGCCGUGGGCCAGCAGGGCAAGGGCCGGGCCGUGAGUCGGCUGCUGGAGAGCUUUGCGGUGGACAACGAUUUUGCGUUUGACGACAACGGCAGCUUCGAGGAGGAGGAGGAGGAGGAAGAGGAGGAGGAAGGCGAGGAAGAGCCGGCGGCCGCCAGUGGGCCUCUGAGCGCUGAGCAGAGCGCAGCCCUGGCUCGCUCAUGCACCAUACACAAGGAGGACCUGCAGGACGGGCUGCCCGUGCUCAUUCCCAAGGAGGACAGUCUGCUGUACGCGGGCAGCGUCAGGACCCUGCAGCCCCCUGACAUCUACAGCAUCGUCAUUGAGGGCGAGAGAGGCAACCGGCCCAGGAUCUACUCGCUGGAACAGCUGCUGCAGGAGGCGGUUCUGGAUGUGCGGCCGCAGUCCAGCCGCUACCUCCCCCCGGGCACGAGGGUGUGCGCCUACUGGAGCCAGAAGUCCCGCUGUCUGUACCCGGGCAACGUGGUCCGAGGCUCCUGCAGCGACGAGGAGGAGGACCUGGACUCCGUGGUCGUGGAGUUUGACGACGGCGACACCGGCCACAUCGCGGUCUCCAACAUCAGGCUGCUGCCUCCCGACUUCAAAAUCCAGUGCACUGAGCCCUCGCCCGCACUGCUGGUGUCCAGCAGCUGCCGGAGGACCAAGAAAGCUUCCUUCGAGGUCCCCCCACCCAGCGAGGCCCCCGCCCCGAGCCUGUCCCCCAAGGUGCAUGACGGCCCGGAAGCCUCGAAGACCCCCGGGAAGAAGUCCGUCAGCAAAGACAAAGCCGGCAAGGCGGAGCUCCUCACCUCAGGUGCCAAGCCCCCCGCGGGGGCCGCAGACCACUUCCUGGGCCGCCGGGGCAGCCCGCUGCUGAGCUGGUCGGCGGUGGCGCAGACGAGGCGGAAGGCGGUGGCGGCGGCGGGCAGCAAGGGCCCCGGCGCGCUGCAGAACCUCUUCCAGCUCAACGGCAGCGCCAGGAAGCUGCGGGCGCGCGAGGCGCUGUUCCCCGUGCACGGCGUGGCCGCCCCCGUGUUCGGCAACGGCUUCCGCGCCGACUCCUUCAGCAGCCUGGCCAGCGCCUACGCGCCCUUCGUGGGCGGGGCCGGGCCGGGGCUGCCCGGGGGCGCGCACAAGCUGCUGCGGGCCAAGAGGGCCGAGCGCGCGGAGGCCGAGAAGGGUGCGCGGCGGCGGGCGGGCGGCGAGUUCCUGGUCAAGCUGGACCACGAGGGCGUGACCUCCCCCAAGAACAAGAACUGCAAGGCGCUGCUCGUGGGCGACAAGGACCCCAAGCUGGGGCGGCCCCUGCCCAGCCCCAGCUACGCGCACCCGGCCCUGGUGGGCAAGGACAGGAAGGGGCGGGCGCCCGUGCACCCUCUGCCCAUGGGGCUGGCGCUGCGCAAGUUCGCGGGCCAGGCCGAGUUCCCGCUGCCCUGCGACAGCGACUGCCACAGCUCCUACUCGGACGACGAGGAGGACGGGCCCGGGCUGGCCCCCGGCGUGCCCUCCCGCUUCCUCGCCCGCCUGUCGGUGUCGUCCUCCUCCUCAGGCUCCUCCACCUCCUCGUCGUCGGGCUCCCUGUCCACCUCCAGCCUCUGCUCCUCGGACGACGAGGGCUCCUCCUACAGCUCGGACGACGAGGACCCGGCCCUGCUGCUCCAGACCUGCCUCACCCACCCCGUGCCCGCCCUCCUGGCGCGGCCCGAGGCCCUGCGCUCCAAGGGCGGCGGGCCCCACGCGCACGCCCAGCGCUGCUUCCUGUCCCGGGCUGCGGUGGCCGGCGGGGGCGCGGGUUCGGGCCCCGGCGGCAAGUCCAAGCUGAAGCGCAAGGAGGCUCUGAGCUUCUCCAAAGCCAAAGAGCUUUCGCGGAGGCAGCGGCUGCCCUCCGUGGAAAACCGGCCAAAGAUCUCCGCCUUCCUGCCCGCCCGGCAGCUCUGGAAGUGGUCCGGGAACCCCACGCAGCGCCGGGGCAUGAAGGGGAAAGCCAGGAAGCUGUUCUACAAGGCCAUCGUCCGGGGCAAGGAGACGCUGCGCGUCGGGGACUGCGCCGUGUUCCUGUCGGCCGGGCGGCCUAACCUGCCCUACAUUGGCCGCAUCGAGAGCAUGUGGGAGUCGUGGGGCAGCAACAUGGUGGUGAAGGUCAAGUGGUUUUACCACCCGGAGGAGACCAAGCUGGGGAAGCGGCAGAGCGAUGGGAAGAACGCGCUGUACCAGUCCUGCCACGAGGAUGAGAACGACGUGCAGACCAUCUCCCACAAGUGCCAGGUCGUGGGGCGGGAGCAGUACGAGCAGAUGGCCCGGGGCCGCAGGUGCCAGGACCGGCGCGACCUCUACUACCUGGCGGGCACGUAUGACCCCACCACGGGGCGCCUGGUGGCGGCCGACGGAGCGCCUAUCCUGGGCUGAGCCCGGCGGAGUGGGGCCGGGGCUCGCGCCCAGGGAGCGGCGGGCGGCAGGAGCACGCAGCGAGUCGGCAAAUAUGCAAGCGCUCCCGGGCCCAGGCUUCGCAUUCCUCUCCCCGGGGAGCGGGGCCCGGCCCUUGGGGCACCCCCCCGCCCCCGCCUCGGCCGCCCGGCCGCGCUCCCGUCGGCCGUCCCCGAGAGAUUAGAAUCCAAGCCAUAUUCUCCCUAGUACCUCCGACUGUCUCCCGCCAGGGAAAGCAGAAAUCAGGUGUGUUGUCUAUUUAUUUCUCUAUGUAAAUAUUGUAUUUCUGCGGGAAGUUUUAUGGAAAAAAAUAGUGGAAGAGGAUUUUUUUUCUCCCCACACGCGUGAUGAGGCUGUAUGUGCAUGCGUGUGCGUGAGUGUGUGCGUGUGUGUGUAGAUUUCGUUCUGGGGGUUUUCGUUGAAAAUGCACUGUUUUGCUCAGCCUGGCUGAGUUCUGAUGGGGGCGUCUGUGGCCACGGAAGCAGCUGGGGGAGGGGCUGGCCACGGGAGGGAGGACAGGACCCUCGGUCACGGGACUGAUCGUGGGGCCCCAUGCGAUGGAGUCACACUGGUGUUUAUUCCCUUUUGACCCACCUACUAGGAAAAGCAUAGCUCGGGGUGCAGGGCAGUGAGGGAGGGCCACCCUGAGGGUCCCCAGGGAGAGAAGGGAUUCCAGAGGCUAAAAUAAAAACCAGGACCAGCUGGUCCCCCAGCAGCCAUAUGUGCAUCUUACCUCUGUUCAAAACAAAUAUGAACAAAUAUUUUAAAAGUAUCAAUACGAAAAAAAUGACAUUUUGAUUUUAUUUCCUGAAUAUUCCGAGUUCUUAUUGAUUUCCGUUGUGAUGGUCAGUUUGCCCAAGCCUCCACUCGGAGCAGGGAAGGGACCAGCCCCCACCAACUCACUGGGAGGUUCCAGCGCCUUUUCUGUGGCCGCUGGGCAUGGCAGAUGGCCGGGCUGGGAGACCAAUGUUUGGGGCAUGGGGCCGCUCGGGUCCCUCCUGUCUGCCUGAACCUACGCCCACGAGGGGCUGUUCACCCCGCACCCAGGAGCCUCAUAGUGCUUGUCACCCCCUCAUUCCUCCUGUGGCAAGAGAGACCGGGUGAGCCAGACCCACGGCCUAGCAGCCCUUAUUCCAGAAACCUACGUAGGGCCACGUGUCCUCACGUGCCACCACACUCCCCAGGAACCCCAAGAAAGCCCCCCCAAGUUUGUCACUGUUUCUGCAGCCCAGGUCCCUGGAAAAUGUGGGAUGUCGGUGGGUGCCCGGCACCCCAACCGGGCCCCUCUCUGGCCCCUUCCUUUCCGGCCGGGAAACCACUCCGGCCCCACCUCCCGCUCCUGGCUCCACGGGAAGUACAGGGGCGGGGGGGGGGGUCCCCUGCCCACCAGCUUACCUCUCCCACCUCGUUCUCCCCUUUGUCUCGGCACGAGUGCAAUAUUUCAGUCCUGGCAGUCACCCGGGAGGCGGCGCCCGAGGGCCUGCUCGCGGCUGGACAAGCGGAAUGGAGAAGAUGCGCCCGGCGCCAAGGCGCUGAGUGGGGACAGCCCCGCCGCAACAGUGAGCGCCCGAGGCCCUUUGCAAGCCCGGGCACCCAGCGAAGGAACAGCCCCUUCUCUCGGCCCUCGCGCUGACUCUCCCUCCGUCCCUCCCUGUGCGCGUGGGCCGUGCGGCCUGCCCUCUGACCAGGGUAGACGGGGCGGAGCUCGCUCUUGUAAAUGUGUAAACUAAGAGGAUGGUUGGAUUUUUUUUUUCAAUGUAAACACUAAAAACAAACAAACAAAAAACACAAAGGUUUUAUGAACAGCAAACUCUAUGUAAAGGCAUUUUAGUAUUAAAUUUUUUAUUGAUAACUUGCUUAAGAAUAAAUAUAUGAACUAUUGUACAGGU